AUGUCCAGCACACUGGGCACGCAGGCCCAGCACGUGAGCAAGCCACACGGUGGACACGACCCCGCAGGGCUGUCACACUCCUUCCGGAGACCAAGCAGAAGCCCUGGGCUGGCGGGAGUCGACCAGCGCGGCACUCCGGCCUCAGACGUCGGAGGCAGUAGAGGGUCGGAGAACCGGCGCCCAAGGUCGGAGCUCCGGGGAGGGGUUCCAGCGCCGCCCCUGGGUCCCCGAGCCCCGCACGCCAGGAGCCCCCCUCCGAGGGGAAAACUUUUCCGCAAGUUCCGGAAGAGAAGCGCGUCGUCACCGGGUCCCACCACAGGCUUCAAACGCCAGCCCCCACCCCAGGCCUGCCCGCACGGCGCCCCCAGCUCCCGCCGGGGGAGGCGGCAGGCGCCCCCAGGACCGGCCCCCGCGGCCGCGCGCCCCAGGCCUCCGCCCGCGGGAGCUGCAGCAGGUGGCAGCGCCCGCGCCCGCCCCCACGGCCUGGCCCUCCACCUGCCCCAGUACCGGAGUCAGCGCGGCUCCGACGCCAUCCCCGGGCCUGCCGGCCUGCAGCCCCGGCCGCGCCAACCCGCAACUUGCGGGGCUGGGGACGCCACCGCUAGGCAGGCAGGGGACGGCGACAGGUGCGCGCGAGCGGCGCGCGGCCGACAGCAGCGCGCGGCAAGCCCCGCCCCUGCGCCAGGCCCCGCCUAUCUGACACGCCCCCACGCAACCUGGUCACGCCCCCCAUCGCCGGCGUCUACUCUUCCGCCCGAGCCGUCGUCCCCCGCGCAGUUCCGCGAAGCUAGGAACCCGGUCCCCGCCUGA